AUGCUGCCAUUUCCUCCCUUCUUUGAGCAGAUCAUGGCCCCAGACUUCGUCGCUUCUCAAUCUCAGGCGAUUCCGGACAUCUUCAGCCUCAUGCCAGACCAAGACUGGUUGUCAGAAGGCACUGAUAUCUUCGGCGUCGACUUUACGCCCACCAUUGACCAAGCAAUACAAUCUCGGGUAGGCCACUUACCGCUGCCCACCGCUCAAGGAGAGCACACCGAGCCCGAUAUGCCACGGCCAAAGGACAACGCAAAGGAGCGGUUUGCCAUGUUUGAGCGCUCACCAUGGCUGUGGAAGCCGGAAGCAAACUCGAAUGCGUUCAGUGAGCACGAGGUCCUACCCCUGGACGAGCGGCAGGUGGACAUGGCGAAGUCGCCUCAUCAACGGUUCCUGCCCGCUCUGGCACUACCAGAUGAACUGUCUUCUCAGAGCCGUGACCGAAUCUUCCAACUGGUAUUGAAGACGGCGAAAUCGCAAGUCAAGAUACCGACGUUCCCGUCCACGACUUGCCUGAAUAUGCUCCUGAAAGUCGGACUCGCAAAGAGAAUGGAGGUAGACCCUUGGAUACAUCCUUAUACAUUCAACUCGGAGACGUCCCGGACAGAGCUACUCGUAGCACUCAUCGCCGCUGGUUGUAUCUGCUUCGGCAUACCAAGCGUUUCGAAAACAGGUCUCAUUCUUUUCGAGAUAGCUCGGGUCGCUCUCCAUCGACUAGCAGAGGAAGACAACAGUGUCAUCCGUGAUUUGCAGUAUCUCCAAGCCUACAUGCUCUGGGUCGAAGUAACAGCAUUCUGCGGUUUCAAACGGAAAAUGGAGAUUGGAGAACACAGUCUGCAGCCCCUGGUGACCGGACUUCGUCGUGCAGGGAAGCUCGAUCGGGCAGCAUAUACGAGGAUUGAGCCUAUGGCAGAUGACGACGAACAGGUCUUGAAGUCCAAGUGGGAAGCCUGGAUCGAGGCGGAGUCGUACAAAAGGCUUGUGCACCACCUCUUCGAUCACGACAUGUAUACUACCCAUGCCAAGUUUCGCAAUCCAUUGAUUUCCUACGCAGAAGUCUCUCUUCCACUACCUGCAUGCCGUGACCUUUGGCUUGCACGCUCUGCAGAGACCUGGCGGUCUGCAUUCUUCUCUGUCAGCCCACAAGCCAAUUCAGAACCUCUUGCAUUGCGAGAUCUUCUAGCGGACUGUCAUCUGUUGAAGUGCUUACCAAAAUGCUUCGACGCCCGUCUAGCUCGUAAUGCACAACUAUGCGGGUUGGCUGCACAGACCUGGGAGUACGAUCAGCAAUCGACGAUGCUCGGUAGCAAACAUGCUGGAUCGAACCUGGAGGCACAACUAUACCUCCAGCUACAACACAAAAGGCUUUACCAAUCCCUCGAAGAAGCUCGACGUGCGUUGAAGGAAGAUCUUACUGUCACUUUGCUCCUGAGCGAAUUCCUCAUGAUGAGUCUACAUGCCAAUAUCGAUACCAUCGCCCGGUUUGCGGGUAAAUGCGGUGAAGUAGAGGCACGUCGAGCAUUUCAAGACCUUCAGUCCUGGCGUGACACCAAGUCAGCACGGACAGCAAUCUGUCAUGCUGCUCAAGUGGUGCGGGUGGCGCGAGAAGUUCCUCCUUUCCAGCUUCGAGGCUGUGAUUCAUUCCUUCUCUACCAUUCGAUCAUGGUACUUUGGACAUACAGUAUGCUACACCGUGGAUCUUCAGCACAAACUCAAAGUGGACUCCAAGCAGGCGCGGAACACGAAAACCAUGUAUUACUCGACGACAACGACAACGAGCAAAGGACCGCUUUUGUACAUAUGGGCGUUGGGAGCCCGUGCGUACGGCUAAUCGAUCGUCUCGAACGUUCCUCAAGGGCGAACCGAAUUGAUGCCGACUACUGUGACCUGAGAUAUCCACAGGCGGUCAUGGCAAUGGGAGUCAAGGUAUUCGAGGGAAACCUGCCGAACGAGACACGACAGAAUAUGCCACAGCUGAUCAAGUCCCUGUGUGCGCUUUUGAGUGGACUUGGGAGUUUGACAGAUGUAUAG